AGGACCUUUCCACUGUCAUCACACUCCUCCUCAAGCAUCCUUCGAUAACCGUGUGCCUCUACACAUCCAAAGAUUCAUUCAAAAUGAAAUCCUUCCUUCUGCUGGCCUUUGUCAUUGGGACUGCCAUCUGCGUCCCUCAAAUGAUGUUCAUGGAGUUUGACAUGCACCAUGCACCUGCCCAGGCCCUCCAAGCUGUUCCUGCUGGAGCAGGACCUGCCAGUCUGGAAGUGCUCCUCCCUGUCGAUGCUGCCCAACAGCCUGCCCGCGCACCUACUCGUGGCUUCAUCAAGCAGGAGAUCCCCCAGCCCCUUGGUAGAGAGAGCAUUGAGAUCUUCCACCCCUUCGGUUUCGCCCAGGCUGCCCCUGCUGCCCCUGUUGCCCCUGCAGCCCCUGCUGCUCCAGCUCCCAGACGUAAGUCUGAUGACGAUGAGGAAGACGAUGAAUAAAUGAUGCGACAAAUGACUGGUGAUUGAUCAACUGCGCCCCCUAUUGAAACAAGACUGGAAAUGUGUCCUUCUAAUGCUGCUUUUAUUUCCAUAGAGUAAUGCGGUUAAUGCAGAUAUUAACCUGGUCUAAUGGUGCUUAAAACCUGGAUUAGCUAUUGUAUAACCAAUGAUUUUUGUAUGGCAAGUUUGUUAUUGAUCUGAUCGGUAAUAAAACUUUUAUCAACUUA